CUUGUAGAGAUUAUCAGGUUUAAAAUUGUAUUCUUAGUUUCUGAAGUGUUUAGGUAUGUGUCGGUGGUUGGUAUUGUGGGGAGUAUUUAUCGUGAAGAAUGAUUUCGUAAAAUCCAGGACUUGCUUUUUGUCAACUACUGCUGGACUUUUUAUCACGUUAUUUGCAUUUUCCUUCACAGUCCAAGUGUAUGGUGAACAGUGUAAUCGUGAAAUUGUACUAAAGGCACAACUGGGUAAACAGUCUUACGCUAGGUGGGUCAAUACUUCGACUACUUUAUUAUGCCCGGGUGACGAGUUUACAAGCAUAAUAUGGUACUCCUCAAGGAAAAUUUACAGAAUGGCUGUUGGGUGUCUUAGGGACGAGUACGAAUUUUUACGUUUAGACUGGUUUCCUGAUGUCCCAGAGAUAGUGUAAGUACUCUGGCAUCUUCAUAAUGCUUUUUAGAGCUAUAUAUGUUUCGUAUGAAAAGAGAAUCCGCCAGACAUGUUUAUUUUCGUCAUCAAAUGGCAUUUUAAGCACCAAUUUAUUCCUGGAAAGCCUUGGUGAUCAUCCUAAUAGCCCGGAACUUUCGGCGACCAUAUAUAUCAAGGACAACUCAGCUAUGACCAACAUAUUUUUUAUCUGCAAACAGGGUGAAGUGCGUAAUGGGACAUGUCGCAGUCAUACAAUCAAUGGUACAUUUUUUAAUGGUGAAGAAACAAUCCAUAAGAAUGAUAUGUUUUAUAAAAUAAUAAAUGAAUUCGUUCCUGUUCCCAUGGGUAAACACGAGUGUUUCGCAAGAAUAAAUGGAACGUACUACGUCGUAUCUGUAACUUUUUCAAGUAAAGAUGAUUGGUCGCCACACGGAUUAAGUUCAUACUCAUAUAUGAAGGAACAAAUAUGUGGAUCGGAUAUAUGUAUUCAUGCAGCUAAUCAGGGUCGUUUGCUAUGUGAUGCUGGUAUUCAUGAUUGUUAUGAAACUGAUAACACUUACCAAUGUGAAAAUGGAGUUCCACUUAUAGAUUCAUGUGAAUACUUAGCCAAAGACUCUGACUGGACUUGUCCUCAUGUGUCCGAAAAUUCUUCCAAAAUAUUUGAUUUCGGAAGGAGUCUUUACAGUAUCUCAUAUAAUGCACAAACAUUGUAUCGUAUAAAUCCUGACUACAUUUUGAAUUUAACUUCCAAAUUGACUAACGAUGAAUUAAAACUACAACUUGCUAGUAACAGCAUUUCUGAUCGGCAUUCAAUCGUUAGUCACUUACUUGACAGUAUGCGGUUUGCUUUAGAUGAAACGCCUACUUUUGUGGAACGCACAACUGUCCACUCACCUAGAAAUACUUCUGAGUUUUUAUCGGGUGCAUCUACUAAAAAGUUGCAAACAGCCUCUGUGUUUCUGCAUAUAAUCUCUGAAAUUGCCCGACAAACUCCUACUGUGGUAGAUAUGUUGGCAUCUGGUAAAGAAAAUAGAGAAAAUUUACAAUUUUGGCACUUGUCACCAGUGAAGGGGGAAAUAUCACUGAACAAUUCUCAAGGAAGUGCACUCGAAAUGUUUGUGAAGUCAAACCAGUCAGAAGUGCAGGAUACUUUCAUCGCUGUCAUCCCAACUGCUAGGCUACCUGGUAUCCAACUGACCGAACUGCUCAGUGUUGACAAGGACAAGGAAGAAUCUAUGGUUGGCUCAGAUAUCUUGUUGGUCGAUACAAGUACCGGUGUAUCUUUCACAGUCUCUGUGAAUCUGUCUGAGAAACCAAAUAUCUCGGCGUCUUGCGAACAACUUCAACAGGGUCCUAAUUUCAAAGAAAUUUGGAAUAAUGGAAACUGCAAAACUGUAAUCGUUGGUUACCAUUAUGAAUGUCAGUGUUUUUCUAAUCAAGACGGAACGUUUGCUAUUGCCUUAAUUUAUUGGCUGGGCACAUCAGAUAUCCCUUCUGCACAUGUAUACUCCAUAAGUAUCGUGAAUUACGUAUUCACUCUGGUUACUAUUGUCGCUCUGUUCUUGUUUCUCAUAUUUACUCGAUUCAUUGGUGUCUUUCGGCUAGAUCAAUUCAACAUCGCUUUUUGUUUAAUGAUUAGCGCAAUAGUUUCUCUAACCAUCCCGCAUAUAACUGAUAGACAGCAUAUAAUGUGCACAGUGGUUGCAGUUGCUGUGUGCUAUUUCCCUCUGGCUGCAUUCGCGUGGAAGUUUAUUUUCGGUUUGAAUACGUUGAUAUUGAUCAUUUCACCUCACUCUCGUCUCCAUGAUCUUGUUUCAAAACCGAAAUAUUGUUUGCCUUUAAUUUGGGUGGCUUACCUCAGCCCCGCUGUUAUAAUCGGGGUGUGGUUUGGUUACACUGGUGAAGUCAGUAAUAGUGGCCUAUGCAUUGGUCCAAAAACAUUUCGCUGGUCCUUCGUUGGUCCUAUUACGGCAAUUGUAUCCUUCAAUUUCCUUAUAUUGUUUAUCGUUGGUUUUGUGCUUCUCAAAAACUACUUUCUAACUCGCAAAAGCAAAUUAAAUAAAACUACGCAUUUAUUGGUAUUAUUACAGCUAAUGUUGACGUUGGGAAUUCCAUACAUUGCAAUUUACAUUCAGUUGUUGGAUGCUUUCAGCAUGCUAAUUGUCGUACCCAUUGCUAUGGCCUUAACAGCUGUUCUUAUGUUUAUUUUGGUGGCUGUUGUGGAUGAGGAAAAUCGUCUUCUACUACGAUCUUUUAUCCUUACGCAUAUUGCACGCCAAAACGAAUAUAGCAGCAGGACUAUUGCAUCAAGAAGCAAAUGUGAUAUUUUGUCGAAUUCCAAGGGUCACAUGCCUAAAAGCUUGAAACGUAAAAACCUCUGUUCCAACCUUCUAGAGGUGCAAACAUCGGAUAACGCUGAAAAUCGUUUUCAAUGUAACACUACAAGUGAUGGUAAAACAAGUCCGUCUGUUUUACAGGAUGCUGUUCAACCACUGAAUCUGUGAUACUUAUCAUCGUCUACUUCGCUUUGCCAAUAUUAUUCUUUUGGAAGAGAGAGGAUAGGCUUGCAUUAACCGUGUUGGUGAAAGCAUGUUUUACUCACUAGUCAUCAAAGUCGUUAUGUCUACGAUUUUGUUUUCAUAUUUAAACGAUGCAAAUUUACCGCCCAAUUGAAGUAAUUUUGCCAUCAAUGGGAAUUUUAUUGUCCGCAUUCAACAAUCUUAUUGUAUUAUACUUGGCGUGAGACUAAAAAAAAAACUUGAUUUUGGAGUUUUAGAUUUGGUUUUUUAUUUCAACUGGAAGUGUGAUUUUUUUUAGUCAUUUCGGUGAAUAUGAUUUCUUCAUAGAUUUCUGUAAAUUCAACUGAGAUAUUUCCAAAGAUUUUGCACUACAUAUAUGUUGUAAACACAUUUGUCUACUAAAAUUCAAAAAAAAAUGAUUAACCUCUACUUCAGCAUUAUUUUGUGUAUAAUCCACACUGUCUUUAGUCCUGCCUUCACUUCUGAUUUUAUGAACACAUGCACAAAGAAUGAAAUUCCCCGUGUCAUUCAUUAGCCAACUUUUAUUUUCUUACAAUUUUUUGCCUUAUUUGUACUUAUUUCACUGUCCCAAACUCAUAAAUAAUAAUAAUUAUAAUGGAAAUGAAAUGUAACUUUUUUGAUAACUUAAUUCAGCGAAGCACAAGUCGG